AUGACUGGUAGUCAAUCUGAGAAUAAUACCUCCACAUCAUCAAACUCGUCGGAGGAUACAAAUAACGAGUCGCGUGAUGAAAAUAAAAGUGGCGCCGCGGAAGAAAAUGUGGUAGACACAAAUACAAAAUCAGACAACAACAAUAAAAAGGAAAAAAUGAAAGCCGACACUGAUGGACGCCGGAGUAGGGAAAAAUCAUCUUCAUCGAAGGAUGAAAAGAAAUCGCGUAGAAAGAAACAAGAAUCUAGUUCAGAAUCUUCUUCGUCGUCAUCGGAUUCUGACUCCUCAGAUUCGUCGAGUAGUUCCAGUGAUGGAGAAGUGUCUUCAAGUUCAGAUUCCUCUUCAUCGGGCAGUGAAAAGGGUAAAGGGAAGAAGGUGAGCAAAUCAAAGGAAAAAGGAGAGCGGAAGGAGGAAAAAGAUGUUGUGAAAAGUGUAGAGGAGAAUAAGGAUAAAGAGGAGGAGAAAACUGCAACAGAUAUUUCCAAGAAUGAUAGUCCCAAGGUAAAGGAGAAUGAUAAGAAGCCUUUAGAUGAUGACAAAGUGGAGGAAGUAACAAAACCGAGUCAAGAUGAAGUUCCUGAUCCAAAUGAUGCCGAGGAAGGUGAAAUAACAGAGACUAAAGAAACGGCAUCUUCACCACCACGAUCUCACUCUAAUAAUAAUAGAAGCCGUUCUAAGGAAAGACGUAGUGCUUCAAGGGACAGUAAAAGCCAUUCGGUUGACAAAAGAAGUCCCUCAAGAGAUAAAAGAAGUCGUUCAAAAUCUAGAAGUCCAUCAAAAUCCAAAAGAAAAUCAUCAAGAGAUGAUAGGAGUCAAUCUAGAUCUAAAAUGACCCCUUCAAGAGAUAAAAGAAGUCCCUCAAAGGAUGAUAGAAGUUCGACUAGAGCAAAAAGAAGUCCAUCAGGUGGUAACAAAAGUCGUUCAAGAUCUAAAAGUCCAUCAAGAGCGAAAAGAAGUCUCUCCCAAGAUAAAAGAAGUACCUCGAGAUCUAGACGUAGUUCAUCGAGGAACAGAAGAAGCUACUCCAGGGAUAGUCGAGACAAACGAAGCCCCUCCAAAGGUGAUGAAGAUCAAUUAAAACGCAAUCCUAAAUCAAGAACUAGCCGAAGUCGCAGUCGUUCCCGAAGACCCGAACGUAAACAACGUUCUCGAUCACCAAGACGUUCCCGCUCCCGUGAAAGAAGACAUGAACGACGUCGUUCACCCUCCUCAGAUUAUGAGUCCCGGCGACGUUCACGUCGUUCCGAGUCCAUUGAAAGAAGGCGGGAAGAACGAAAGCGACGCCAUGCUGAACGGGAUGAAAGGGAAAAAUCGAAACGUUCCCGACGUGAUGAUGAUGAGUCCUCCAAGUCAUCAGGCGCCAGGAGUGGUGAUAAUAAAGUAUCUGCAGAAAUGGAAAAAGAUAAAGAGAACGACAAUGCCACAGUUACUGAUCCCAAGGCCAAGAUUACGGAACGUCAAAGGAAAACCGUCGACAUAUUAACCUCACGUACCGGUGGUGCUUAUAUUCCGCCAGCCAAAUUGCGUAUGAUGCAGGCAGAAAUAACAGACAAAGCCUCGGCUGCCUAUCAGCGUAUAGCCUGGGAAGCUCUUAAGAAAUCCAUACAUGGUUACAUCAACAAAGUGAAUGUUGAUAAUAUUGCCAUUAUUACGCGGGAACUGCUCAAGGAGAAUAUCGUGCGCGGAAGAGGUUUACUGUGUCGUUCCAUAAUUCAGGCUCAAGCUGCAUCGCCAACCUUUACCCAUGUCUAUGCCGCUUUGGUUGCCAUUAUAAAUUCGAAAUUCCCCAAUAUUGGAGAGCUGCUACUGAAACGUUUGGUUAUACAAUUUAAGAGGGCUUUUCGUCGUAACGAUAAAACCGUGUGUUUAUCCUCAUCGCGUUUCAUUGCUCAUUUGGUAAAUCAACGAGUGGCCCACGAAAUUUUAGCUUUGGAAAUAUUAACACUACUCGUGGAAUCUCCCACAGAUGAUAGUGUUGAAGUGGCCAUAGCUUUUCUCAAAGAAUGUGGUAUGAAAUUGACGGAGGUGUCCUCCAAGGGUAUUGGAGCAAUCUUUGAAAUGCUCAAGAAUAUCCUGCAUGAAGGCAAGUUGGAUAAGCGGGUCCAGUAUAUGAUUGAAGUGGUAUUUCAAGUACGCAAGGAUGGCUUUAAAGAUCAUCAGUCGGUAAUUGAGUCGCUCGAAUUGGUGGAAGAAGAUGAUCAAUUUACCCAUUUACUAAUGUUGGAUGAUGCCACCUCACCCGAGGAUGUACUGAAUGCAUUUAAAUUCGAUGACCAGUAUGAGGCCAAUGAAGAGAAAUAUAAGGGACUGAGUAAAGAGAUUUUGGGCAGUGAUGCCUCAGACUCUGAUGAAUCCUCAGGUUCCGGCAGUGAUUCCGAUUCUGAAUCUUCCGAUUCGGAUGAUGACAAAAAUGAGGGCGAAGAUAAACCCACAGCUGGCGAUAUUAUUGAUAAUACCGAAACCAAUUUGAUUGCUUUGAGAAGAACCAUCUACUUGACCAUUAAUUCCAGUUUGGAUUAUGAGGAGUGUGCCCAUAAACUAAUGAAAAUGCAAUUGAAACCAGGACAAGAAAUUGAACUCUGCCACAUGUUUUUAGACUGUUGUGCAGAACAGCGAACCUAUGAGAAAUUCUAUGGCCUGCUGGCACAAAGAUUUUGCAAUAUCAAUAAAUCCUAUAUAGAACCAUUUGAGGAGAUCUUCAAGGACACCUAUCAGACAACACAUCGUUUGGACACAAAUCGUCUGAGGAAUGUCAGCAAAUUCUUUGCCCAUUUACUAUUUACCGAUGCCAUUAGUUGGGAUGUCCUCGAUUGUAUUCGACUCAAUGAGGAUGAUACAACUUCGUCGAGUCGUAUUUUUAUAAAAAUUCUAUUCCAAGAAUUGGCGGAAUAUAUGGGCCUUGGCCAGCUCAAUAAAAAACUUAAAGAUGAAGUUUUGGCUGAAAGUUUGACGGGACUAUUUCCCAAGGAUAAUCCCAGGAAUACACGAUUUUCCAUUAAUUUCUUUACCUCAAUUGGUUUGGGCGGUCUCACCGAUGAGCUGCGACAAUUUCUUAAGAAUGCUCCAAAGUCUGUGCCCGCCAUUAAUGCUGAAAUUUUAGCCAAUAAGCCAGUAAAUGUUUCAAAUUCUUCAUCUUCAACAUCCACAUCGUCGUCUAGUUCCUCAGCUUCGGAAUCUUCUUCAUCGUCAUCCUCCUCCUCAAGCUCUAGUGAUUCCUCAUCGGAUUCGGAUUCUUCAAGUGAUGAUUCGGAAACGGAUAAGAAAAAACGUAAAGGUAAAACUCGGAAAUCCAAAAAGAAGAAAUCCUCAAAUAAAAAGAAGAAGAAAAGCGAAAAAUCCAAAAGUAAAAAAGACUCCAAGAAGAAAAAGACAAAGAAAAGGAAAUCCAAGAAAAACAAUUCUUCUUCCGACGAGAGUGACCAGUCGUCGAAAAGCGAAAGCAGUAGCUCUGAAUCCAAAUCCUCAGCUAGUUCAUCCGAUUCCGAACAAAGUGAUGAUGGAAAACGCAAGAAACAAAAGAAGAAGAACGACACAAAAUCCAAAUCAAGAGAUAAGACUAACAAAAAAUCCAAAAGAUCUGACUCGGAAGAUAUUGAAAAUGAACGCGAUAUUAAACGUAAAAAAAGAGAAGACUACGAAAAUGAUAUUCCCAAAAACAAACAAAGAAACGUGGAGGCAGAAGAAGAAUAUUCCUCAAAGCAGAAUGGUGGCAGGGAACGUAGAAACGAUUAUCGUGAGAAACGUGAAAUUCCUCAACGUCGGAAUAGUGAAAUCGAAAGGCGCCGAGAAGAGCGCGAAAAACGACAUCGUGAACGAAUUCCCUCACGUUCCAGAUCAAGAUCGAGAGGGAGUGGACGAGGAGGAGGUGGAGGACGUAGAGGCGAGGAUCGUGAUCGUCGUGAUACAAAUGGACGUAGCGAAAGAAAAGAUCGUGAGCGGGAUAGGGAUAGAGAUUCAGAUCGUCGUCGUUAUCGCAAAGAUGAGGAUCGUAGCCGAAGCCGAGAUCGGAAUGAAAAACGUGAACGUGAAUAUUCACGUUCGAAAUUACGAAAUACUUCAAAGGAACGUGGAUAA